UGUUCGAUUGAAUCAGUAUGUUGUUUAUCUAUUUUGACAUGUUCGAAAAAUAGUGGUGAACAAAAGUAUAUAUGACAUAUAGUUUAAAUAUGAAAAGAAAAUCACUAUAACAGGAUAAAUAAACAUAUAUUCAUGUUCAUAAAAUAGAACAAUUUCUUAAACUGUACAAUUUUAGAGAGAAAACAUUUUACAAUUUUUAACCUAUUCUUUCAAAUAAAUCAAUAUACUCUGAAUUUACUUCGAUGCUUAUUUAAAUUAUACAAAAUUGUUUUUACGAUGACUGAUUUACCUGUUUUUACUUCGGAAGUUGCAAAAGCUGUUUUAACUGACGUUUUAACAGCAUUAAAUACUCCAGAAAAUACUCAAAAACUUGCGGAAGCUAAGGAAAAUUCUGGGAAUGAAAUGCUGAAAAUGAUGCAGUUUGUUUUUCCAAUUGUAGUACAAAUUCAAAUGGAUGUUAUUAAGAACUAUGGUUUCUCAGAAGGUCGGGAAGGUACAGUUCAAUUUGUGCAAUUACUCAGAGCUCUAGAAAGGGAAGACCCUGAGAUAGCACAAUUACAUAGUCAAGUUCGAUCAUAUUUUCUUCCGCCUGUUACUAUAAGUUCUUCAACUGAAGCAUCUCUUUAAGAUAAAAUAAUUUUUAUGUGCAAGCACAUUAUUAUUUUACUUUGUACUUUCUUUUUCUCUACAUAUAAAACAUACAUAGAGAUUUUUUACUGGUAUCUAACUUACAAUAGCUUUAAUUUUAUAAAUGCAUUGAAGUUUGAACAAAGUUUUACAAUUACACUCUGAUAUAUUAUUAAUUAGAAUUUACUACACAAAAAGAUAUGUACAAGGGAUCUUCAAAUUAAAUAUUUAAUCAGAAAAAUUAAAAAUUUUUACAUUUAUUUGUAUAAUAAUAAUAAUAUUAAUAAUAAUAUAAUCUACUAAAAUAUAUAAUUUCAUUCAUAAAUGUUCAUUAAAUUUUCUCUGCACUUACACCAAUUCUAAAAACUAAAGUGUUCCAUUGUUCGCGUAAAAAUGAAGCUGGUGCAUUAUAUCAUAUACAUAUAGAAAAAUAAAAUAUUUUUGUUAUUAUCUUAAAAAGAUGUGUCUUACUCGUUGAAAACACUAAGGUAUUACAUCCAUUAAACAUGACAAUCAGUGCUUUUUUUAUAAAAGCAGUGAAUAUAGAUCAUUUAGUCAAUCUUUUCUUUUUUGAUUUUGAAUUAAGUGAGUUUAAAUGCUAUUAUAUAAUUCUAACUUCAUCGUUUCGCGAACAUCCGGAUAAAUAUGUAUUAAAUAUACAAUUUCAAUCAUAUAAGCAAGUACAUUGAAAAUGCAUAAUGAAAGAAAAUUAUUAAUUUAUCGAAGAAUAAUACAAUGGAAUUAUUUAAGCAAUAAUUACUUAACAAAAUUUUAACCUUGCAGCUCAUGUCUAAUUUACUUAGGACAAGCAGACAAAUAUAGUUCCCCUUUGCCAAUCAUUAAAUGUACGAAACUGUUUCUUUGUAUAAAAUUGUAAAAUGCAUGGAUAUCUUUAAAAAGGAAAUGCUGAGUUGACAUUAAGACUAUCAACAAGGUUGCUCUUUUAAAAGUUAUUAAUAAAUAUGUAUUGAUUAUUAAUUAUUUUCUUAGCAAAGUAAUUCGUAUUUUUCAUGGGGUCACAGUGAUAGUCAUAAAACAUGUGAAAAACAUUCACAUUAUAUAAAAUGACAAACUCAGCAACAAUUUCCUCAAAGAUUAAAAAAUAACAGAUGUAAAAAAGCAGUUUUAGAUUUUGUUUAGAAUAUCCUACACGUUGAAGGGAAAGACUUGACAAUUGGGGAACGAUAUGCUAUAACAUAUUUACAAUCUUUUUCUUUAUAUAAAUCAAGGUACAAUUGUAAAUUGUUUUGCGUACAAAGAAAGUUAAUGCAUUUCUUCAUUAUCAGACCAUGUUGCUUCAUUAAAUUCGACAGUCGAAUGAAUAAAGACACCGCGUAAGACAA